GAAGCAGCCGGAAGCGUUCAGCUGUCAGUUUUGUAACAAUAGUUGAACGCUGCGGUUUGUAUGUAUGGGGCCAAACGGAACAAAACACGAAGCCACAAUUUCAGUCCUUGCUCUGUUUGAACGGCGGCAUGGAUCCUCCAGAGUCUGCCGGAGUGGAGGCUGCUUCUACCGACCCACAACAGAGCCCCAAACCGGAGCUUUCUGCAGCGAUGCGGGCUAAGAUCGAGAGGAACCGGCAGCGGGCGUUAAUGCUCCGCCAAGCCCGACUCGCGAGUCGUCCUUUGUCCGCAGUGGAGGGCGCAACUUCGGCCAAAGUUUCCAAGACCAUCGACUCCGGUGCUGGCUUCUUCAUCGAGGAGGAGGAGGACGGAGAGGCGGAGCAGCAGGCCAGGAAGGUGGUGCACCAGCCAGCUCCAGUGAUUGAACCAGAGUACCUGCUGUGUGAUGACUGUCAAAAACCCUUCAUGGACUCCUACCUCAGCAACAGCUUUGACCUGCCUGUGUGUGACAAGUGCAGGGAUAACGACGAGAAACACAAGCUGAUCUCCAGAACGGAGGCCAAGCAGCGUUACCUGCUAAAGGACUGUGAUCUGGACAAGAGAGAGCCUCCUCUCAGGUUCAUACUGAAGAAAAACCCUCAUAACCCACGAUGGGGAGAUAUGAAGCUCUACCUCCAGCUACAGGUGGAGAAGAGAUGUAUGGAGGUGUGGGGCUCAGAGGAGGCUCUAGAGGAGGCCAGAGAGACGAGGGAGGAGAACAGAGAGGUGCAGAAACAAAAACGCUUCAACAAGAAGGUCAAAGAGCUGCGCAGGGCAGUGAGGAGCAGCAUGUGGACCAAAAACACCAGCGCUCACCAGCAUCAGUACGGACCAGAGGAGGUGGUGGAUCCAGAGGAGGACCUCUACAAGAAAACCUGCACCACAUGCGGUCACGAGCUCACCUACGAGAAGAUGUAGACGCUCACACAGUGACUGUUACAGACUCAAGUCGACUCGGACAAGAUGUUUGCCGCUUCUUCAGGUAAUCACCCAACACUUCUCCCAAACUGUGUGGCAAAACACUCCGUUCUGAUCAAAUCCAAGGGUCUAACAUCGCUCUUCCAUGUGGAACGUCAGUAAUCAUUUCUAUUUUAAAAUGUUGUUACUUACCUCAGCUUUACUCAAAGUCGGUAUCGAUAUUUUUAGCUCUAACUUUUGCGGAUUGCUUUUCCGGUCCAACGAUUGCAGCACUUCUUCCUCCUAAAAUGAGGAAGAUCAAGGAAGGCACAGUAUUGAACCUUGAAAAUACUAUCUUGCGUAAAAAUGUGGAUUGGGGAGCCCACAUGACUGAAAAUAGAUUUGGACAACUGGUAGAAAACUCUACAGCCCUUUUUUAGAAAAAUGGCGGUUUAGAAUUUAGUGUUCCAUAUUUUUAUGAAUCAUUAUUCCAAGUCUAAAUCUUAGAGUUCACACCAUCUGUUGUGGCCUUAUUCAUCUUUACUGCAGCGGGUUAUAUGUCAUAUCACUGGUGUAAAACAAAGCAUUCCUGGUAGCACAUUCAAUACCAUAGUUAUCAGGGACCUCAACCUGCUCAAUUUUGUCCCACAUUUUGCUCUACAACAUUAACUUCUGCAGUUUUAACUGAAUCAAAUGCCAAAAACUGUGCAAAUACACAGAUAACACUCAACUGUCCAGGACAUUUUACAAUCUGCUGUGCCGAAUACACACAUAACUGUAGUGUACAGUGACAUUUUUUACAUGAAUUUCCUAUAAGAAUAAUAAAGUUCCAUCUUAAUUUAUCCUCUAUUGUGUAAUCCAAGACAUUCUUUUAUUCUUUAAUAUCAUUAGACAAGAUAUUCCAGUGCACAUGCCUCAGCUUGGCCUGACGUUGCUGUAAUAUUGGUCAAAAAUGUGAUAUCGGACUGUUUAAGGUGAUUUUUGUGAAGUAAUAUUUGAUAUCAGGUGUUAGAAAGCAGGUCGUUAGAGUCAACAGAUUUCACUUGGUGAUGUUGAAGAACUGCUGCAGACAUUAAUGAGAUCUCAAAUAAAUAUGUUUACAUCUUUGUACCUUUUUUAUGUAAAAUAAAUACAUUAUAGUUCAAAUAAUAAAUGAGUUAGUAAUA